CUCUCUUGCCGCCAGCACAAACACAAGAAAAAUUAUCUCUUCCAUCAUUCUUGUUUUUUUCGGGUCAGUACCUUUCCUCCUACAUUUCUGCAGCCAUCGCACCUGGGUUCUUGGUCUGUUCCCUUCUCGUUGAACCUACGACCAAACGACCAACGACUACUACUCGCUUUUUUACUGUCUACAACCGUUGCCGCCUGAUUGAGUCUUAACCCCCCGCGGGGUCAUGGAUUACUCCGUCAAUCUCCGCCGCAAGGAUACCACCAAGGGGCCACCCUUGAGGAUUCUCUCCUUGGAUGGUGGCGGCGUUCGGGGCUAUUCUAUGCUCAUUAUUCUUCAAGAACUCAUGUACCGUGUCUACGUCGAAUGCGAAGGAAAAGCGCCUCGCCGCGAAGAAAUCCCUAAACCAUGCGACCAUUUCGAUCUCAUCGUUGGCACUGGGACCGGCGGUCUCAUCGCCCUCAUGCUGGGACGUCUUCGCCUUGACCUCGAAACCUGUAAAGAGGUUUACGUGCGCAUGACCCGCCGGGUUUUCGAAACUGACAAAACCAUCGCCGGCAUUCCGUUUCGAUCCACCUUAUUCAAAGCCUCCAGGCUCGAAGAGGCCAUCCGCGAAUGUGUUCGUGAGCAUACCGUAUUCGAGGCUGAGGGCAAUGACAUAACCCCCGGCAGUGCGCGCAACUCGCUCGCAGGGGCUCCCUAUAGUCCCAAUGCGAUCGCAAUCCCUCAGCGCUCAGGUAGUCGCGCUAGUUUCAGCACCACCGGUACGGCGCACUCUUCUGGUCAUAGUAGUCAUCGCAAUUCCACAUUUGUGAACGGCUUGCGGUGGGGAAAUCCGGAUGCAUUACUGUAUGACAAUCGGGAAUAUCGAACUAAGACUGCGGUCACCGCACUCUACAAAGGUACAACCCGUAAUGGGUCGUCUGUCUUGCUUCGUUCUUACGAUUCCCGCAAAGAACCCCCUCCCGAGUUCAACUGCACAAUCUGGCAGGCAGGUCGGGCCACCUCGGCCACUGGAAUGGCCUUCAAACCCAUUCAGAUUGGGCAGCACGUCUUCAUUGACGAAGGAGCCGGCACGUACAAUCCGGCGCCGCAGGUUUUGGACGAAGCGACGGUGAACGAGUGGCCGGGCCGUGAGGUGGGUGUGUUUGUCAGCAUAGGCACUGGCAAACGGCCGCCCGGCACGAACAAUCGCCAACAUGAAUGGUGGGAGGAUUUUUUUGGGGAUGCGUUGGGCACGUUUGCCGAAGCACGUCGACGGCUCAUUGCCAAAAUCGAGGGCUGUGAAGACAUCCACGUGGCGAUGCUGCGCGAUCAUCUCUCGAAGCGCAAUGUGAGCCAGGAUAACUAUUACCGAUUGAAUGUUGAGGUUGGUGUGGGCGAGUUUGGUAUGAAUGAGUGGAAUCGCUUAGCGGACAUUAGCACCAACACGAGACGUUACUUGACUCGGCCCGAGGUAAAGCGACAGAUUCUCGAUGCAGGUGUCAAGUUUGCCAAGAUUAACCGACAGCAUCGACGUCAGGCAGAUCAUGCGGCGGCGACGGCAGAGAACGAGUCGGCUGAGGAGACCAAUUCCAUUCUAGGCAGUCCUGUCUUGUCGGUGCAACCUCCACUACCCCAUCCGAUGGCGGUGGAAUUGCCCGCCGAAUUACCGGGGGACUUCGUUCAACGGCCGCCGUUGGCGGCUGAUGAUGCAUUACCCGCGCAUCCGACGCCGCACGAUGCGGUCCUGGGCUCCCCUGCGCGUGGCUCUGGGAGCGAUCUGGCCAGUCCAAGUCCUCACGGCUCUUCACGCCCCAGUUUUGAACUGCCGUCGCAUCAUAGCGGGGAGGGAGUGCCUCCGCCUGUUCCCCCCAAAAACCCCAUCCCCUAUCCGGACUAUGUCGGUGAACUGGGUGGUAUUCCUAUGCCAAUGCCGACUGUGAUGUCUCCGAUGACGACGAGUGGUGGCCACGGAUAUCCGGGGCCGAGUGGGAAAGUCCGACCGCCGUAUCCUAUGGAUGAACCCCCCGCGGUAAACAAGCAGCGAAAGCCAAGCUAUCAUUACUCCGUACGAAUUGUAUAUAUGAGUUUCUUUAUAUGUCUCUUUCUCUCUCUCUAUCUGACACAUUCCAAACCCACCCCAGCUCACUCCACAUUCCGCCGGUCUGCCCUUCUGGCUGCGCGAGAGACAACCACUUCCACCGCCUCGUCCUCUUCUUCACGGCCCGCCUCCUAUAAAAUCGUCGGUAUCUGCUUGGCCGUUGCUUCCGGCUUCUUUAUUGGGACCUCCUUCGUUCUCAAGAAGAUCGGACUUCUCCGUGCCAAUGUCAAAUACAACGAAGAAGCCGGUGAAGGCUACGGCUAUCUCAAGAAUCUAUACUGGUGGUGUGGAAUGACUCUGAUGAUAAUCGGCGAAAUCUGCAAUUUCGUAGCCUAUGCUUUCGUUGAUGCGAUCUUAGUAACGCCGCUGGGUGCUCUCACCGUCGUGGUCUGCACCGUUCUUUCCGCCAUCUUUCUCAAAGAACGACUCAGCUUCGUUGGCAAAGUCGGUUGUUUCUGCUGUAUUAUAGGCUCUGUGGUUAUCCCGCUAAACGCCCCAGAGCAAUCGUCCGUGAGCGACAUACAGGAGAUGAAACACUAUGUGAUUACUCCCGGAUUCCUGUCCUAUGCGGGAGUGAUCCUCGCUGGGUGUACCUUCACCGCACUGUACCUGGGACCAAGAUACGGGAAGAAGUCCAUGUUUGUGUAUCUCAGUAUAUGUUCGCUAAUCGGCGGGCUAAGCGUGGUUGCGACGCAGGGUUUGGGGUCAGCCAUUCUGGCGCAAAUCAAUGGCAAGUCGCAGUUCAAGGAAUGGUUCUUGUACGUUCUGCUGGUAUUCGUGGUAGGAACGCUUCUGACGGAAAUCAUUUAUUUAAAUAAAGCGCUGAACAUUUUCAAUGCUGCUCUCGUUACUCCGACUUACUACGUUUUCUUUACCAGUGCAACCAUCGUCACGUCCGCCGUUUUGUUCCAGGGCUUCCACGGCGCAGUCAAAGACAUCGUCACUGUCGUUCUCGGUUUCUUACAGAUCUGCGCGGGCGUGGUCCUGUUGCAACUUUCCAAGUCUGCCAAGGAUGUCCCUGACGCUGCUGUCUUCAAGGGCGAUUUAAACCAGGUCCGUGAGGUUGCGACUCAGGAAGAUCACGAAUUCGAACCAAAGGCAGAUUCUAUCCGCGGCGCUGCCGCCAUCAUUCGCCGCAUCUCCACCCCACGCCGUACUAUGGAGGCUGAAGAGGCUCGCCGCUAUUAUCGCGACCGUCAGGAGGAUCUACGCACUCCGCUAGCUGAGAACGAAAUCGUUGAGUGGGAUGGAUUGCGCCGGCGCAAAACCGUUCUCGGCGAGGGUCCCACCACGGCAGCUCGCGCGCGCACUCCGUCUGUUCGACAACACCCACUCCCGCCCCUGGGUAUGGCCCGCGUGCCAGAAGAGCAGAAACGUGAGAAUGAGGAGGACGAUGACCCACCACGUCCGGCUACAACACAGAGUAGCAACUCGUUCCUAGACGAUCUUCGCUCGCGCGCAAACAGCUUAUUUCACCAGACGUGGCAGCCCGUGCACAAGGAGCCGUUGCCCCACUCUGAUGCUGAUCCUGUGUCGCUAAAGGCCAUGGGAGCAGGCCGCAAGUACCCCGACACGCACUACAGCGGCCCAGGCGGUCGUUCCAUGCGAUCAGCAGUCGAGACCGGGACCGACGAGUACACUGCACCCCCGAGCCCCCCACCGCACGGAGGCGCGGAACGGCAAUUUUCCUUUACUAGCGUUCUCGGGCGAAUAAAAGCCGGCAGCCCUGAACCUGUAGGCCCCCGCCCUGCUUCACGCCAACGUGCUCUCCAUCACCACUACCACCGCUCGUCAGGCGCAACCGAAGAAGAACGCCUUGGCCUAGUGCGUGGAGACUCGAGAUCGGAUGAACCGGACGAGAAAGGUCUGGGUAGUGCUUAUGAUGACGACGAUAUUUGGAAUGACGGGCCUGACCCGCUGCCUUCUGGUUAUCUUCACCGAGCAGAUUCCCCCGAGUCGCAUCGCAUGUUCUCCAGCGAAUCACUGUACCCGGCGCGACUGCGAGUGAACCCGUUGCCUCCUUUGCCGGAUGAAGAACCGCUGGCUGAUCCGUAUGCACCCGUUGGGAUGUCGGGGUUACGGCGCGAGUCAGAUAGUAGCGCGGGAACAUUUGCCUCAUCGCCGCCCACUCGCGGGAGCGCGAACGGGGGCAGUAGCGAGGGAUGGCGCAGACAUCGAUCAGGACAGAGCAGCGGCGGGGGAAGUGGAGGUCUUCUUGGUAAGAGGGGGACAUUUAUCUAGGAACUGGAGCGCGUGACAUGAUACAUGAAAUGAUGAUGAAAUGAUGACAUUGGCGAUGUAUACUUAUGAUUUUGAAUUUAUUAAAUGUAUAUGCUUGUGAUUCACUUCCGUGGAGCGCGACGUAUCAUCAUGAUAUUCAUUAUUGGACAGGCAAUAUAGGCGUUGUGGUAGGGUAUCUUCCAUGAUAUAAUGG